UAAUUUACUAAACAACUGUUUCGAAUGAUUAGAACGGGAGUGAAAUCAGUAAUUCCAAUCAAACUGUGUCAUGUGCACAAGUUUACGGUACAAAGUCAGCGUUUUGCGCCAACCUGGAGUAUCAUAAAUUCAAGCAAAUCAACGAUUAAGAUGGCCACGGAAAUUAAAUUCAAUGAAUCGCUAACGCGUAGCGAUCCGCAGCUGCAGCCCGUGUUGAUCAUUGGCCAGCUGCGUCAUCUCAAUCUGCUGAAGUUUGGCCAUUUGGCCAGCAAACUGGAGCCCCGUGUCACCGAGGAGACAUUCAAAAGUGCCAUUGCCUGCUUGCAUCCGGCACCAACGGACAAAUGCUCGUUGUAUCUGGAUGUGGCCACCGUUGCCGCCUUGCCAUUGAAGGCAUCCCGACAUAAUACCGCAUCGCGUGCACACUCGAUUACGCGUCUGGUAAAGAAUCAUGUGCUUAAUGUCAACGAGGAAAACGUCGUGUUGGUCUGCGAGCGCGAGAACAUCUUUGCCAGUGCCUGUGCUGUAGUCCGUGCCUUUCCUCUUUAUUCCCGUAAAACGGGCAGCGGGAGUGGGAACAAGACGCCCAAUGCUGGUGGAGAUGCUGAUGCCAAUCGUUCAGUGAUAAACGUGGAGUUUGUGGUCAUUGAUAAGGAUGGUUGCAUCGAGGAGAAACCACUGACUCAGGAUGAGCUCAACUGUCUGCAGGAGUCAGAGCGUAGCAUACGUUUGGCAGCACGCAUUGUCGACACGCCGUGCAACGAGAUGAAUGUAGACCAUUUCAUUGAGAAUGUGCGCGAAUUUGGCAAAGAGUUGUCUUUGGAGCCACAGAUCAUACGUGGCGAGGAGCUGAAGGAGCGCGGAUUCGGUGGCAUCUAUGGUGUAGGUAAGGCGGCAGCUGUGCCACCAGCUCUCGUUGUGCUCUCCCACGAGCCGAAAGGUGCCCAGGAGACCAUUGCGCUGGUGGGCAAGGGCAUUGUCUACGAUACUGGUGGCCUGAGCAUCAAGGGUAAAACUGCCAUGCCAGGAAUGAAGCGGGAUUGCGGUGGAGCUGCAGCUAUAUUGGGUGCCUUCUAUACGGCUGUCAAGUGCGGGUUCAAGGAUAAUUUGCACGCUGUCUUUUGCUUGGCUGAGAACUCUGUGGGACCAAAUGCCACGCGUCCUGAUGAUAUUCAUACGCUGUACUCUGGUCGCACAGUGGAAAUCAAUAACACGGAUGCUGAGGGGCGUUUGGUUCUUGCUGAUGGUGUUUGUUUUGCCAACAAGGAUCUGAAGGCGAACAUUAUUUUGGAUAUGGCUACAUUGACUGGUGCUCAAGGUAUAGCAACAGGCAAAUAUCAUGGUGCCAUAUUGACAAACUCGGAGCCAUGGGAGGCAAAGGCAUUGCAAGCCGGACGCAAAUCCGGCGAUUUAUUGGCGCCCAUUAUUUAUAGUCCCGAAUUGCAUUUCUCGGAAUUUGCAUCGGCCGUCGCUGAUAUGAAAAACUCUGUAGCGGAUCGCCAAAAUGCUCAGGCUUCUUGCGCUGGACUCUUUGUGGCCGCUCAUCUGGGUUUUGAUUAUCCAGGGGUCUGGAUGCAUGUUGAUAUGGCAACGCCCGUCCAUUGUGGCGAACGUGCCACAGGCUAUGGUGUCGCAUUGCUGCUCACACUGUUUGGCAGCCGCACAAACUGCGCCCUGUUGCAGUCGAUUGCACCCACUGAUGAGGAGCCGCCAUCGAAGCGUAUGUGCCGCGAUUAGCGUCUAACGGUCGCUGCGUUCAAGCAUUUCAAUCAAGUUUACACACACAAACACACAUACAAACACACAAACAUACGUAUCCAGACUGCAAUUAUAUACGAUAUGGUAGACAGCAGAUAUGUGAAAACACAUGCAUGCGACAUACUGAAAUAAAUGCCAAUUAAAUUAAGUAGUUGUCAGGCAAUAAAAAGAAUUAAAUAAACGGCUUGCCUUGGCUCAACUUCAA